AUGGCUGAUUACGACCGCCGGCGCAGCAGAGGAGGAGGAAGGGGAGGCGAUGAUGGUGGUGGUGGUGGUGGUGGUGGUGGAAGCCACUUCAACAACCGGAAGAGAAGAUACAGAGAUGAUGAUUACGAGGAUCGCCGUCCUCAACGCCGCCGCUACGAAGAGCCCCUUGCUGUGACUGUGCGCAAACAAGUCUUGUCAAUCGCAGAAAGCCCGGUUCGACGAGCAGAGGAUGAUGUUGCGACCAUUGCGAAGAGCCUCGCGGAAAACUACUUCGAUCAUGAUCUGACGUCCGGGUUUGUGGAUCUUGUGGUGCAUCUUACUGUUGAACAACCUCUCAAGAUCCCUUUCAUCGCCGCCAUUGUCCUCCUCGGCAACUCUCAGAAGCCUGAACUGACAGUCGAUGUCUUGGGCAAGAUUGGCGAAGCACUCCAGCGUCGACUGGACAUAGGAGAAUGGCGUGAAGUCAAGCUGUACCUCCGCUUUCUUGGUUGCCUACAGGGUAUCUUCGAGGGUGACGGGAUUUUCACCAUACUCGAAGAGCUUUUCUCCCGGGCAGCGGACUUGCAAAUGAAGUCGUCUGAAGAUUCGUUGGGUCUUGAGCUCGUCAAAGUCAUCCUCAUGACCAUUCCAUACAUUAUGUCCUCCUCGGCAAGCGGUUUCGAGACUCAGGCAAGCUCUCUGUUAGAGAAGACCGACAUCAUUGCGUCGACUGCCCACCCUUUGGAGACUCUUGUCGACCCGUUCCCAAACCCGGAAGUUGGUGGUCCCACGAGCUCCGAGAGCGCGCUCGCUCUGCUUCAAAAGCACAUGCAAGAAGAAGCUAAGAACUCUUGGGAAUUGUCGUGCUUGCCUCGUCCGUGGAAAGGCACUCGAUCUGCCGAAGAGGAAGACGCUCUGACGGCGGCCCAAAAACACUCUUUUCCGCAGGUGACAGUGCCACAGGUCGUCCAAACUGGUCCACGCGCUAUUUACCCUGAUGUCUAUUUCUCGGUCUAUGGCGAACAGGAAAUUGAGACAGUGCCCACCGCCUCUGACACUGCCGCCCUGCUGAUCCGAGACGCAUUGUCUGACACCAUCAACGUCCUAGACUUCAACAGAAUGGUUGCGGCGAAAUUCCUCACUGACGUGGAUUGCUACUUUGCUCCAGACACUUUCGUCAAACGAGCGACGCCUUUCGACAAGCUGCGCGAAGUGACAGGAGACAAGCCUACCUGGAAACCGGAAGAUGUCAUCGUCGAUGCAGCCUUCUCCCAGUUAUUGCAGCUGCCUGCCCCUGAGCAUAAAUUGGUCUACUUCCACUCGGUACUAACUGAGACCUGCAAACUUGCGCCGGCCGCUGUCGCACCCAGCUUGGGGAGAGCCAUUCGAUACCUGUACAGGAAUGUGGACAGAAUGGACCUGGAGCUUGCCCAGCGGUUCUUGGACUGGUUUGCUCAUCAUUUGAGUAAUUUCGGGUUUACGUGGAAAUGGACCGAAUGGGUCGACGAUGUCAACUUGCCCGAUGUUCACCCGAAGAAGGCGUUCAUCAUCGACGCCCUGGACAAGGAAAUCCGAUUGAGCUUUUCGAAACGGAUCAAGGGCACUUUGCCUGAACCGUACCAGGCUUUGAUCUCCGAAGCCAAAGACAAGGAUGAGCCCGACUUCAAAUACAAUGACGAAUCAACUCCAUUUUCAGCCGAAGGACAACAGCUUGCACAGAUGAUACGGCGCAAAGCCAGCAACGAGGAGUUCACACCAGUUUUCGAAAAGAUCGAGCAGGACGCCGCGGCCUCGGGACUGACAGACCCUGCCCUUGCUUCGACGGAUGCGUUCGUUACGUCGAUAUGCUGGAUCGGGUCGAAGUCGUUGUCUCACGCUCUGGCCUGCAUUGAACGUUGCAAGGAGCGUCUCAUGGCGAUCAGCUCCGCGAGUUCUGCGUGCAGGAAACAAAUCAUCACAUCGGUCAUGGACUAUUGGAAAGACCAGACCGGUGUGGGAGUCGUGAUCUUGGACAAAUUGUUGAACUAUCAGAUCUUGACACCUGCCACCGUCCUCGAGUGGGCGCUCAUUGACCAUGUCGCUCGAGGCACGCUGCUCGCGAAAACAUGGUGCUACGAACUGGUGAGCCUAACAACCAGAAAGGUGGCGGGACGUGUGAGAAGUAUUGUCGGUGCAAUCCGGCAACCCGGUCUGGCCGACGACCGAAAGGACGAGCUGCAGCAGGCAUUGGCCCACGAAAUGGAGACGAUGAAGAAUCUGUUCAGCAUCAUCGAAGAUGCGGUUGGCAGCAUCCGCGACGGCAACCAGGAUGAGAUGAUGGAGAGUAGCGAUGCUCUCCGUGCCGAAGAGGAAGACUUGCUCAAGGCAUGGGGCGGCAAAUGGGCGAGAGUAUUCCAGCGCAAAUAUGCCGUCGAAGACAGUUGGGUGCGUGAAGAGUUGUCCAAGCCCAUCCCAGAACCUGAAGUGAAGACCGUCACCAAGGAUACCAAGAUGGAAGAAGUCCAGGUUGCCGGGAGCCUUGAUGGCCAGAACGGAACCGCUGUCGAUGCCGAUGAUCAGAUCGAAUAG